UUCCUUGCGGCUUCCGCUUUCGCCGACGAGCGCGAGCGCUGCGGGAGGGAAACUCACCGGACCCGGAAGCAUCGAUCGGAACCAGGUUUCCCUCAAAAUCCCAAAUCAUUCUAUCGUCUGAAUUGCAUCGGAUAGUUUCAGCCUCCAUCGCUCGGAAUACCCUCCAUGUGCCUUCGUCGAAGGUCUCCUCAUGGUUGCCAGACACGAAGGAACUUUUCUUUCUUGCUGGGACUCUACUGUUACGACUGGUUGGCAUAGUGAUGCCAAAUUGUUCCCUUCGUGGAUGCGUCGGCAUGAACACAGCAACGUGUGAAGACGACUUCAUGGACACCCCCUCACAGUGCACAGUCGAUGGGGGGCGGCGAAGUAAUCCACGGGCCAGCCAGUAUAGCAGGAACACUCGGGACCUGCUGAGAUCGAUGAUGCAAGAGAUGACCCUCACACACUCCCAGAGGAAAAACAUCAAUGAGUGCCUGAAGAAUGGAUCAGCCUUGCCACUGAGCACUCAGCCUUCACCAUCAAGAUCUUCCUCUCACUCCAAAGGCAGUAGAUGUGUCCACAAACUCCUGCCAGGUCGUCCCCAGAGACGCAGCGCUGCUUCUUGCCGCUCUGGGAACAACUACGUCAGAGAAAAGUUUUCCUCUGUUCCAACAAGAGACUUGGAAAAGGAGAAGAGGAGGCUUCAAAACAUCCUGGCAACAGGACGAGAAGAAACAGCCGAUGAUGUAAAUGUUGCUGCGUGCGAGGAACCUGAAGCCACAGAGGAAGUGGAUCGUUACCAGGAAGUUUUGGAUGAGAUUGAGGAAAGAAGACAAUUCUUGGCUGACAUGGCCUCUCUGGGACAGGAGAAGCAGUACAUCCAUAUAAUCAACACCGAAAUAUCUCAGAAAAUCCGUGAAUUGGAGAUGCUAGAAGAAGCCCGACAACCUAACAAUGAAGUGAACUGAAUGGAUGCAAGACAGUGACAUGUGCACAAAGGUUCAAUAAACAGUAAACAUCUGCA